AUGGAUGCCUUAACUCCUCAGCAAAUUGCUGAUUUUAAGAAUGCAACCGUGUGCCAUAUUUGUCAGAAGAAUAUACUAGCGGGUGUUAAAAAAGUUCGCGAUCACUGUCAUCUUACUGGCAAAUACCGAGGUGCUGCGCAUGAAUCGUGCAACUUAAAUUAUCAAGAGUGCCAACUCAUACCCAUUGUAUUUCACAAUUUAAGCGGGUAUGACGCACACUUUAUAAUUUAUGCUGUAUCAACAAGCUUUGAAGGUCGAAUUGACCUUCUCCCCUUGAACAAGGAGACGUAUAUCUCCUUUACAAAAAACAUCAAGAGGAGUGAGGUUAAAUUCCGCUUCAUUGACUCGUUUCGAUUCAUGGCAGCAUCUCUUGAGAAACUAGCGUCAUACCUUGACGAAUAUAAAAUUAUUGAAUCCGUAUUUGCCAGUACGGUGACGGAUUGCGAACAAAUAAAAUUGUUAACGCGAAAGGGUAUCUUCCCCUACGAGUACUUUGAUUCGCGAAGUAAACUCGAUGAAACAGAGUUGCCAACAAAAGAGAGAUUUUAUAGUACUCUUUACGACGCUGGUGUAACGGAUGAUGAAUAUGAGCAUGCGCAAAAAGUCUGGCCUGAAUUUAAUUGUCAAACUCUUUACGAUUACGUUCAACUUUAUAUGAAAACUGAUGUAUUAUUACUUGCCGAUGUCUUUGAAAACUUUCGCGAACAGUGUGUAAAAGCGUACGGGUUAAAUCCAGCACACUAUUACACUACCCCCGGUUUAACUUGGGAUGCUAUGCUCAAAUAUACAAGCAUAGCAUUGCAACUUAUAACCGACAUAGACAUGAUGAUGUUUAUUGAGUCGGGUAUCAGAGGUGGCAUUAGCCAGUGUUGUAACCGGUAUGCUAAAGCGAACAAUCCCUAUAUGGAUCAGUUUGAUCCAUCUCAAGACCCAAAGUACAUUAUGUAUUUCGAUGCCAAUAAUUUGUACGGUUGGGCAAUGACACAAGCACUUCCAAUUGGUGGUUUUAAGUGGAUUGCCAACCCUGACGAGGCGUUUGACUUUAACGUACCCGACGACUCUUCAGUCGGGUACAUUUUAGAAGUCGAUCUCGAGUAUCCCGAGAGCCUGCACGAUUCUCAUAAGGACAUGCCUUUUUGCACAACUAAUGCAAAACCCCCCAUGUCCAGGCAGGAGAAAUUACUUACAACUCCCCUGUCUAAAGAGAAGUAUGUUAUACACUAUCGUGCAUUAAAACAGGCUCUCGGAAACGUGUAUGGCAAGACCAUGGAAAAUGUUCGCAAGCAUGUUGACAUUAAGUUGGUUACACACUGGUACGGUCGGUAUGGUGCCGAAGCCCUCAUCUCUCGACCCAAUUUUCACAGUCGAGCGAUCUUCGAUGAGGACCUUGUGGCCAUCGAACUGCGCAAGACUGAGAUCCUACUCAAUAAACCGAUUUAUGUGGGUUUAAGUGUGUUGGAUAUCUCGAAAACGCUAGUCUAUGACUUUCACUACAGUUACAUGCUCCUGAAAUAUGGUAGAGCAUGUAAACUGUUGUACACGGACACAGACAGUCUAGUGUACAAAGUGAAAUGUCAAGACAUAUACAAAGACAUGAAAGACGACAUUGACAAGUUUGACACAUCUGAUUUUUCCGCAGACAACGCGUAUGACAUGCCGCAAGUCAACAAAAAAGUGCUCGGCCGUAUGAAGGACGAAUGCAAUGGUACAAUUGUUACCGAAUUUGUUGGCUUGCGGAGUAAAAUGUAUAGCAUACGCGUUGAAGGUGAGGAUUUCGUUAAGAAAGCAAAAGGUAUUAAAGCAGGAGUCGUCAAAAAGACAAUAAAAUUUGAUGACUAUGUACAAUGCCUUAACAAUUUUGAAAUUCAGACCAGAACGCAGUACAAUAUAAGGUCACGGUUACAUAAUUUAGAGACAGUCAAACAAGUUAAAGUAGCCUUAAGUCCGCAUGAUGAUAAACGGUACUUGUUACCCCAGAGAACUGACACUCUUCCAUGGGGUCAUUAUAGGAUUCCCACAAUCGACGAAUGA